UAUGCGUCUGCGUCAUUUACCAUGCAAUAUUGACUUAAAUGUGAAUCUUAAACUUCAAACAAUUUAAGCUUAAAUUUACAUAGUAUAAUGUAAUGGCGGAUAUAAGAAGUGCCGAAAUUGUUUUAUAAUUAACUAUAAAGUGUAGAAACAAAAUGAUUUUAGUGCGGUGUACUUUGAUACUGGUGUUGGUUCAGCCUAUAGUGGGGUUGAUGUGUUACUUCUGUACAGAUACCAGUAAUGAAGAGGGUCGAAAUCGCUGCCAAACCUAUUAUAGAACAAUGCGAUAUUAUGGUAAAAAGGCUUUGGAUAAGGGUUCCUAUAAAACGGACAAAUACGUGAAGAACUGUACAGAUUAUGGCGAGCCAGGAAAGCCAAAAUAUUGCAUGAUUGCCUCUGUGGAAGAGAGAAAAAAUGUUCGAAGCUUUAUUCGAGGCUGCAGUGAUGGCACAACAUUCUUAGGUGCUGAAGUUGAUGUACAGUUCGAUGAAAAUUUAAUUAGGCCGGACAAUCAGACCACGUGUAAAUACACAGGACAGGGUUACAUCGUUUGUAUAACGAUAUGCGGCUCCGAGUACGAGUAUGGAGACUUUUGUAACGGUCCUCCAAUUGUUGCGUCAGCAACGACAUUACAUUCACCUUGGUUACUGCUGCUACUGACACUUCUAAAAAUAACCCUCUCCUGAAGUUGAAAUGUGUCUAAAAGUUACUCAAAAAUCUUUGAAUUGCACCCAUUCCUUGACCAGAACUUAUUUAUAUGAAUCUGAACGUGAAACUUCAGUAUUUUUAGUGGAUAUUGAAUGUGAUAAAGACAUGAUCUUCAAUACAGUUUUAGUUUACAGAAAGGUUGCGUCUUGAGUUCAAUAUUUUAAUUGCUUCAUAAUAUGCCAUAUUUUAAUAAAAAGACAACAGUUGAAAUCCUAGUUAAAACGUGUUUUAUGUUCCAGGUAUGUAAUUGAUACGUUUUCAUUUUUCCGGCAUAUCUGUGAACAUAUGCAUUCCACAUAUAUGAAAGUGUAAGGACGGACCAAAGACUAUGAAAAUUGUGAUAUUCUAUAAACUUCUCUAUGUAUACACAUAUAUAUUCUAUGAACUUCGAUGUAUAUACGUAUGUAUUCUAUGAACUUUUACUUGUAUACAAGGGCCUCCGUGGUCGGGUGGUUAAGGUCGCUGACUUCAAAUUACUUGCCCCUCACCAACGUCGGUUCGAGCCUCACUCGGGCCGUUGAAUUCUUCAUGUGAGGAAGCCGCCGAGCUGGCUUACAGAAGGUCGUUGGUUCUACCCAGGUACCCACCCGUGAUGAAAUAAUGCACGGCGGGGCACCUGGGGUCUUUCUCCACCAUCAAAGCCCUCAACACCCCUCCCCUUAAAAAGAAAUAUUUAAUAUUCUAUGAACUUCUAUGUGUAUAACGAAUAUCUCUUGAUAUUGAGAUUUAUGUUUUUGCUGUCAUUGAUGUGUAACAUUCUGUUAAUAUGUUGAUAAAGACUAAUGUUUGUUUUAUUAAAAGAUUCUACUAUGAAAAAA